GAGCUGGCAUCAGAUACCUCCGUCGGCUUAUGACGGCUGCAUUUAAGUUUCUUAUAGCAUAAUGCUAGAAGAGGAUACUCGGAAGAGAGAAGAAAAUGACGCUCAAGGUUUACGCCAAUCGACUGUCGCAGCCUUCACGAGCUAUCAUAAUCUUCUGCAAGGUAAAUGGAGUUGAUUUUGAGGAGAUUAGUAUCGAUCUGCUUAAGGGCGAGCAUAAAUCACCGGAAUACAAAGAAAUAAAUCCCAUGGCACAGGUUCCAGCAAUAGUUGAUGAUGGGCUUAAAUUAUCUGAAAGUCAUACAAUCCUGCGCUAUAUUGCUGAGACAUCCCCAGGAGUUCCGGAUAACUGGUAUCCUGCUGAUUUUAUCAGUAGAGCCAAAGUUAACUCUAUUUUGGACUGGCAUCACUCAAAUCUACGUGUUAGUUCAGUUACCUUUGUAAUGAACACUGUACUGGCACCAAAAUUUGGACGUACAAUGAAUCCUCAAGCUGCAGCGGAAGCUGAGAAAUCUCUGUCAUCCUCUCUGUCAAUCAUUGAGUCCAUGUGGCUUAACGGAGAUGCGGAAUUCUUUUUGGGAAAUCCUAAACCAUCUAUUGCAGACCUUAGUCUUGUCUGUGAAAUUACGCAAUCUGAGCUUUGGCGCGAGGGAGAUCGCGAGAGAAUACUCAGACCUCACCCAAAGAUAUUGCAGUGGGUUGAAAAUGUAAAGAAGGCUACUAAUCCUUAUUUUGAUGAAGUUCACGAAGCGCUUUACAAAAUGAAGGCCUUGUUGAAGGCAAAGCAAAGCGAGUAAAAAAACCUUCGAACGAUGUUGAAGCUGGAUAAAACGUUGCUAUCGUGGACCGCUGGUGCAGGUUAUCUGUCAAUGCUGUAUUAUAGGCAGGUAAGCUCAUGUAUUUCCUUGUUUCAAAACUGCUGUUGGUAAGUUCUGUUGUAUAACAUGCUAGGCAUGACUAAUUAUUAUUAUCAGGCAUUGCAAACUUUUCAAGACUGAACUGGUGCCCCUUUUUCUUACGUAGUUGUGAAUUAUGGCAUGCAAAAUUAUUCUUUUUA